CUGUCUCUCUCUCUCUCAAAAAUAAACAUUAAAAAAAAAUUGUUUUUAAAAACACUAGAAAGAAAUCUAUAAGGCAUUCAUUAAUAAAAUAUUUAUUGGAUGCCUACCAAGCCCUAUUUUUGGUAUUAAAGCAGGAAACAGAAAAAACAAAACAAGACCUCACGGAGUCUACAUUCUAGGGUGAAAAGAAAGAUAUCACACAACACAAUUAAGAAACAUUACUUAUCACGUUAGGUGACAAUCAUUAUGGAGAAUAAAAAAGCACAGAAGAGAUUCACUGAGAAGAACUACAAUUUUUGAUAUGAGAGUCUACGAAGGUCUAACUAAGAAAUAAAACUACUGUGUAUAGACCUGAAGGAAAAGAAGGAGCAAGUCACAAAGACAUUUUUGGGGAAACUAUCCCAAGAAGAAAAGCAAGUGCAAAGACCCUGAAUCAGCAGUAUAUAUAGUAUUCUUGGAUAUUAGCAAAGAGGAAAGUAUAGCUAGAGUAGCAUAAGCAAAGGAUGAAAAGUAUGGAAGCAGUGAUAAAGGCAGCAGAGGUUAAAUCUGAAGGGCCUUUAACAUCUUUGUAGGGCCUCUGGCUUUUAAUGAGAUGGGAGCCACUAGAAAGUUUUGAGGAGUGAUUUGAUUUACAUUUUAACAGGAUCAUUGACACAACUGUCAGGAUUUAAUGGGAUCUUGACACAAUUGUCAAGAAUAAACAAAACUGUGUUGAGACUAUGCAGGAGAAAGGACCUAAAAAGGAUCACCAGUUAGUAAUAACCCAAGUAAAAAGAUAAUGGUGGUCACAGCCAGGGUGACAGUAGUAGAGGUGAGAAGCAGUCAGAGUCUGGCUAGAAUUCAAGGUCAAAGCCAGAACUUUUAAAGGAUAGAAAAAUGCAAGAAAAAUCUGAAUCUCCAGUGCUUUGUAUACAUGCAUGUACUCAAUAUAUUAAGAUCUAGUAAAUGACUAUGAAAACAUGUGUGGGAUAUGCCCAUACUAUAUGCUAAGUACUUGGCAUGCACUGAGUCAUUAAAUCUUCACAACAUGCAAAUGAGUGUGGUUUACAGACCAAGAAAUUGAGACUCAGGAGUUACGUGCCCUAAAAAACAAAUGAGAAUCAAACUGCAGGCAUUUUGAAUCCAAAGUUUGUUUUUAACCACUCUAUCACCCUCAACUUUUCAAAAACUGGAACAAUGACCCAGUAUCUUAAUCACUGUUAUCGUGGGCAAGUUACUUCUCUUCUUUGAAAUUCUGCCUUCCUAUCUGUCAAAUGUAAGUAAUAGUACACAUGCCCCACGCCGCCGUGGUGAGACUACAUGAGGAUUCCAUUCUGCACAGUGCUCACUCAAUAACUAGCAAUGCAGUUAACUUCAUUGAUGCUUGCUUAGUGCCAUAUACUAUUUUAACUACGCAAGGGAAUCAGCUUAUUUUGAUACAGCAAUUUAUGCAGCGGAUAAUGUGACUGAUCUAGUUUACAGAUCAGAAACUGAGGUGCGGAGAGGUUAAGGAACUUGCGCUGGAACACAAAACGAACACUUGGCAGGCUACAAGCAUGCACCAGGAGAAUCUAACUUCAGAAUUUAUACCCUACGUUCUCAGGUGAGUGAUUUCCUUCCUCCUUUUUACUAAAAAGGAAACCACGGUCCAAAGAAGAACGAUUUGGCCGCAAGCUUCCACUCAGGCACCCCCCGCCGGCCCGGGAGCCGCCGCGAGUCAAAUGAAUGAAGCCAGACCUACGGUUAACCGCGGCCCCCGGUUGGGCCUCGGGGGCACCCGUAGCUCCACGCCGCACUCGCACCCACCCCACCUCCGCUUGCCUGCAGUCCCACUAGCUAGACAGCCCUCCGUCACACACUCGACCCCAAAAAGAGCCCAAGCACAUGCCCCUUCCCCACAGGGGAAGAGGCUCCCGCCUGGCCGGCUCCCGAGUGGCGAGCACUAGCCUCCCGCGUGCUACGGCCUACUCGCCCAGGCGUGCCGGCCGCGGGACCCCGUUGCCGAGCCAUGCACAACGCCUCACCCGGCGACGCCAUUUCUCCGAGCAGGUCCCACCAGGGCCCGAGCCGCAGGCUGACUUCCGCUCGGGAAAGUGGCGCCAAGAGCGCGCCGGAGGGGACGCCAGGGACUCGCGGCGGUCUGCGCGUGCUGGGAUGGGAUCUAGACACAGGAUCUGUAGUCAGGAAGAAAUAGUGAUCCCCUGUGCUUCUGACAAUGAUUCAGGAAGUGUGGAUUUGCAGCUGAGCAACUUAGAGGAUGUUAAAAACGAUGCAAGUAGCCUUGAACUUACAGACUCGGACAUCUCUGACAUCGCUGGACUCCCUCAGGAAUCUCUCACAGAUAGCUUCAGACACCUGACCCAACAAGGCCCCCUCAGUGAGCCCAUUGUUGAGAGGCUGAUCCAGUCUAUCCAGGAGUUUUUUAAUGGUGACCUACAGAGUGAACUUGAGAAGCUGACAUUCCUAAGAUCUUUGUGUUCUCUCAGCCGAGCUUUACCUUAUGAUGAAACCAUAGGAGCAUUCAUCCACAGCCACAUUGAGGACAUUGUGCAUAUCCUGAAUAUGCUGGUAGAAGAGGAGCUUCCGCAUUCUCUCUUCAGCCCUGUGCACCAGGAGGUCUUUGUCACCAUUGCUGACCUCAGUUACCAAGAUGUCCAUUUGCUACUUGGCUCUGAAGAUCGAGCUGACUUUUUCAGUCUUCUCACAAAAAGUAUAAUCACUCUGCCCCCUGUAAAGACUCUUACCCAGCUGGAGGAAAUCGUGCCAAGUGGAUCCUACAACACAGAGUCUCUCUACAGGCAGACACUUCAGGCAUUCUCUGAGAUGCUCCAGAGUUUGGUAGUAAAAGACCCACAUUUGGAAAAUCUCGACACCAUUUUUAAGCAAAUGGACCCCUGGUUACAAUCAACCAAAGACCAUGAGCGGGAACGGGCCGCAGUCAGCAUGGCUGAAGUUCUAAAGUGCUCAUCCAGACAUCUCAGCUUGAAGCUUCCACUGCAAUUCCAAAGGCUUGGGCGCCUGGUGGCUCUGAUGGCACUACUGUGUGGGGACCCAGUGAAAGAGGUAGCUGAGGAGGCUGCAGAGGGCACGCACUACCUACUGCAUAUCACGCUGAGGCUGAAGUAUGUCACUCAUGACAAGAAAAAUCACCCAAGCUUGAGGAGAGCAAUGAAAAAGUGUCAAGAACUCCUAGAACUCUACAGUAUUAAGCAGUUCUACAGUUGUCCCUUCAGAAUUGCCCAGGUCUUUGAAGUGUUUCUCAAUUCAAACGAGCUCUGCCAGUUUGUAAUGACUAUAUUGGAUGGCCUGAAAAAUCUGAAACAUCCCUGCACCCAAAAAUCAGCAGGAGAAUUGCUGAUAACAUUGGUGGAAAAUGCAGAGUCCCGAUUUGAGAAGGUGCCAGAAAUUAUGGGAGUGAUCUGUGCCCAGCUAUCCAUAAUCAGCCAGCCUAGAGUCCGCCAACAAAUCAUAAAUACUGUGAGUUUGUUUAUCUCCAGGCCCAAGUACACAGAUAUAGUGAUCAGCCACCUUCUGUGUCAUCCAGUACCAUAUGACAGGCAUCUGGCUGAAUUGUGGAGAACUCUGGAUGUAAAACUGCCCAGCACCACCUGGAUUCUGUGGAGACUCCUGAGGAAGUUGCAGAAAUGCCAUAAUGCACCCACCCACGAGAAGAUGGCCUAUAUGGCUGUUGCUGCAACAGACGCCCUUUAUGAGGUGUUUGUGGGAAACAGGCUCCGAGCAGCUACAUUCCGACUCUUCCCUCAGCUUCUCAUGACACUGCUUAUCCAGAUACACCACAGCAUUGGCCUUACCAUGUCUGAUGUCACCAUCCCAAGCGGUCUGUACACAGAACAGGAGAUGUCUUCACAGGUCACCCCUUUGUGCUUCGCCAUACAGGCUACAAAGACUCUCCUUCUCAGAACAUUGUGCUGGCAGGAAUUCAACAUCAUGGAAAAGAAUAAAGGAUGGACCCUCUUGGAAGGAAAAGAUGGCCAUCUUCAGGGAAUAUCUCUCCUUGCCAAUGCAUUGCUGGAAAGAAAUCACCUCUUUGCAAAUAAGAUCAUGUACUUGUUGGUCCCUCUUCUUAACCGAGGGAAUGAUAAACAUAAACUCACAUCUGCAGGAUUUUUCGUGGAGCUUCUCCAGAGUCCAAUGGCUAGGAGACUGCCCAGCAUAUACUCUAUUGCCCGCUUGAAAGACUGGCUACAUCAUGGAAAUAAUGUCUUCAAAACUCUUGCCCUAAAGGGACUGCACUAUCUUACCAGACACCAGGAGAUGAGGGAAGGCAUCAAGAGCCUGUUGCCGUGCAUCUUAGACCUCUUAUGUGAAACCGACGAGAAGAUUGUUUUGUUGGCCAUCCAGAUACUCCUGCAACUCGUCGAGACAAUGGAUUUCACUACCCUGACUGCCAUGAUGAAGACCCUGUUCUCCCUAUUUGGUGAUGUGAGACCUGAUGUUCAUCGUUUCUCCAUGACCCUCUUUGGAGCCUCCAUAAAGUCUGUGAAAUACACAGAUAAGAAGGGUAUAGAGAAUCAAGUCCUGGACAGCUUGGUCCCACUACUUCUGUAUUCUCAAGAUGAAAAUGAUGCAGUAGCUGAGGAAAGCAGGCAGGUCCUAACUAUAUGUGCCCAGUUCCUGAAGUGGAAGCUGCCCCAAGAAGUGUACUGCAAAGAUCCCUGGUACAUCAGGUGUGGCAAAGUUGGAAAAGUCUGCAAGUUCUUUGGAAAAAAAUGCAAGGGGAAAGUUAACCUUGUAGCCCAAACAUUGAUGUUCUCCAAGAAUGCAAAGAUUCCUAUCAGAAGAGCAGCAGUCUUAUUUGUAGGGCUCUUAUUGAAGUAUGUGGAUCACAGUGAGCUCAGGAUGAAAGGCACUGACUGGAUAGAGAAAGAUCUGAGAGAUCUGCUGUGUGACCCUGAGCCCUCUCUGCGCAUCAUCGCCUCUCAGGCUCUCUUCCAAGUCCGGGAGGUAGGGACUGAACAAGACCCCAGGCAGACUGUUUGCGGCUUGAGGAAGCUCAUGGGCUGUCUUUCUACUUAGAAAUGCAAGGCAAGUAACAUCAGAGAGAAGCACCCAUUAAGAAGCAGAGGUCGUGGGCACCUGGCUGGGCCUGUCGGUGGAACAUAUGACUCUUGAUCUCAGGGUCGUGAGUUCGAGCCCCACGUUGGGCAGAGAGAUUACUUUAAAAAAAAAAAAAAAAGCAGAGGUCUGAUUUUUUUA